CGACCUCGUAUGAAUAAAUUGUUUUUAUUCUUAUCCAUCAUUUGUGUGCUCAGUUAACUAAAGCAUAGGUUGUUUUAAUGGUGCAUCUUACUGGAAGAGGAUGGGUGCCAAUAUUUCCCAACUUGAGCGUGACAUCGGGUCAGACCAAUUUCCGCCGAACGAGCAUUACUUCGGUCUGGUCAAUUUCGGUAACACCUGCUAUAGCAAUUCGGUGCUACAAGCUCUCUACUUUUGCCGGCCAUUCCGGGAGAAAGUACUAGAAUACAAGGCAAAAAACAGGCGCACGAAGGAGACGCUCCUGUCAUGCCUGGCUGACCUCUUCUACAGCAUUGCAACGCAGAAGAAAAAGGUGGGGUCUAUAGCACCCAAAAAAUUCAUCGCUCGGUUGCGCAAGGAAAAGGAAGAGUUCGACAACUACAUGCAGCAGGAUGCCCACGAGUUCCUUAACUUUCUUAUUAACCAUAUAAACGAAAUCAUCCUUGCGGAACGCAACCAGGCAAAGGCGGGCGGUGCCGGAAGUAAAGCGAGUGGUACCGGCAACGGCUCUGCCGGUGCAAGCGUCAUUGCAAAUGGAGCAAGCCCUCAGGAUAAUACUAGCAACAGUACCGAACCGACGUGGGUGCACGAAAUAUUUCAGGGAAUUUUGACGAGUGAGACACGUUGCCUCAACUGCGAAACGGUCAGCAGCAAGGACGAGAAUUUCUUCGACCUGCAGGUCGACGUAGAUCAGAACACCAGCAUAACGCACUGCUUGCGAUGCUUCAGCAACACAGAGACAUUGUGUAGUGAUAACAAAUUCAAAUGUGAUAACUGUUGUAGCUAUCAAGAAGCGCAGAAACGAAUGCGCGUCAAAAAGCUGCCCAUGAUACUGGCCUUGCAUUUGAAACGGUUCAAGUACAUGGAACAAUACAAUCGACACAUAAAAGUCUCGCAUCGAGUAGUAUUCCCACUCGAACUGAGGCUCUUCAAUACGUCCGACGAUGCAGUCAACCCGGACCGGUUGUACGAUCUUAUGGCGGUAGUCAUUCACUGCGGUUCGGGUCCAAACCGUGGCCAUUACAUCAGUAUUGUAAAAAGCCAUGGCUUCUGGUUGCUGUUUGAUGAUGAUAUGGUUGAUAAAAUUGAAGCUUCCACCAUUGAAGACUUUUACGGGUUGACGUCGGACAUACAAAAAUCCUCGGAAACCGGUUAUAUUCUAUUUUAUCAGUCACGCGACUGUGCGUAGAAUCUAGGAUGGAACAACAAGAGGCUCGGCGAAUCAGUGU